GCCACAAGUCAGGGAAGUCAGGGAAAAGUCAUGGAAUUUGAAAAUGGUCAGGGAAGUCAGGGAAAAGUCAGGGAUUUAACAAAAAUUUCUGGAAAAAUAAAAUGGCUGUAAAGAAGUUUAAAAUACGCGUUCACAUCUGUUCAGCUCGGUGUCUUGUUUCAUUUAUAUCAGGGCGCCACAGACAGUCGAUAAAAUCAUUAUCCUUCGUUCUUUAAGACGACUCGGCCGAUAAUUUUUCGCUUUAUAAUUUGCCGUAAUCUUUGUGACGCUUGCACCAUUGUCUUGUGUGUGCGUGUAUGUUUUGUUUUGACUCGUUUUAUUUGGACGUGUUACCAUGCGUGUUACUCGCUGGUAAGCCUUUCGUGUGUUAGGACAUGUUGCUACUGUUAUUUACGUUGUAAAGAUAGUGCAUUGCGUAUAUUAUAGUGUUUGGCCAUUGAGCUCUGAGCAUGUCCCUCCUGUUUUGAAGAAAGGAAAUUCACAUCAAAGAUAUUGUAAUAAUGAGUGGAUUAAAGAAAACUGUUUUUCGUGACGAGUGGACACUGAAACCCGAAUUUAUUGGGAUUCAAAAAGGCAAAGUGAAGACAGAGGCUUACUGUACUAUAUGUAAAAAGGUUCUACAAUUAAGUAAUAUGGGUAUAAUGUCUUUAAAAAGUCACGUAAAGUCGGGAACCAAACAUAACAAGCUAAUGUUGGAUGUAAAAAAAUCUGCAAACAUGCAUUUCUUUACAACAGCGAAGGUAGGCCUAUCCUCUUCGUGUCCAAGUUUUUUGAAAUUGUGUCUUGUACGUCAUUUAGUUGAUAUUUGAAGUAUUGAGUUAGGUUUUAAGAGCUGGCAGGAGCAACAAGAAUACAUUUACACCUCAUUGGCCAUGCAGAUACAAUAUCUGCACUCCAGUAUAUUGUCUUAUGAGAGAAAUAUUUUGACAUGAAACUUUGACAUGUUUUAUGAAGUCUCCGAAAGAACUAAAUUUUGCAUUUUUGCUUUUAAAAAUAUUAUAAUAAGUAAAAUGAUAUAUUUCUUACUCAUGGUGUGAAUAUAACCUUGAAAUAUUUUGUUUUGUAGAAACAAUAUUUCGCUUCGAAACCUUUUCAGCAUCUUUUUUAUAAUUAAGAAGUUACGAAGUCAUGUACAAAGCCAUAUUUUGCAAUUUGAUUCUUGAAAAAUAUUUCAUUAAAACUAAUAAAAAUAAUAAGCAUAAAUCAAGUGAGAUGUGUUUGUUACAUUGUUAUAUGACGAGAAUGUUAUUUUUUUGCUUUUCAGGAUUUUUGUUCUUCUACAUUACAUGUAGAUACUGAUAACUCGGUUUUGAAGCAAAAAACGAAUGAACAGUCUGUUCCAACUCAUUCAGAGACGCAAUUCAUAUCGGGUCUUGCUGGCACUGCCUCGCACUUAGAAACGACUUCUCUUGCUAAUAGUUGCAUUGACAAAUAUUUCUUUAAAGAUGAUGUUACUAGAGCUGAAAUUUUGUGGUGUCUCCAAACUGUCGAAAAUCAUGCAUCUAUUUCAUCGGCAGGAAAACAAUCCUCUCUGUUUCCACUUAUGUUCCCAGAUAGUAGAAUAGCAUCCUCCUUGUGUCUAGCUCGUACAAAGCUAUCAUAUGGGAUAGUUUUUGGUCUGGCGCCCUAUUUUAAUAGAAAAGUUCUUGACGCUGUUUGUAACUGUGGUCCAUUUGUAGUUUCUUUUGAUGAAAGCUUAAAUAAAAUGACACAAACUCAACAAAUGGAUAUUGCUUUGAGAUUCUGGAAUAAUAAUAGUAAUCAAGUAGAAACACACUAUUUUUCUUCUGCUUUUUUUGGCCACGCUCGUGCUAAAAAUUUAUUAAGAGCUUUUAAAGAAGAACUAAAAGAUUUGAAUUUACAAAAUUUGUUACAAGUAUCCAUGGACGGCCCCAAUGUAAAUUGGGCCUUUUUGAAAGAACUUGAAUGUGAUAUUCGAUCUACCUACGGUGAAAACAGUCCAAUUUUUAUUAAUAUGGGUUCCUGUGGAUUACACAUUGUCAAUAACAGUUACAAGGAGGCAGCUAAGUCUACUGGCUGGAAUGUGAUUGCCUUUCUCAGAUCAGCAUAUUAUGUUUUCAAGGAUAUUCCUUCUAGGAGGAGUGACUAUCUGAGGUUUAAUAAGUCACAACCAUUACCUCUCCCUGCAAAGUUUUGUUCUGUUCGCUGGUUAGAGAAUGAGAAAAUAAUUGAAACAACAAUUAAAAUAAUUCCCAAUCUAAAGAAUUUUAUUAAUGGAGUUAAAGAAGAAAAAAUUAAAAUUACAUCUAAGAGCUUUGGAACUAUGAAAUCAUGUCUUGAGGACAAACUGUUAACUGCUAAACUUUCUUUUUUUGGUUAUGUUGCUCACCAAGUCACUCCUUUCCUGAAAGAAUAUCAAUGUGAAGCUCCUAUGUCACCAUUUUUAUAUAAUGACCUAUACGUUAUACUACAUGAUUUGAUGUCUCUUAUUGUCAAAGAGGAAGUUUUAGAUAAACAAAAGGCAAUUUAUAAUAUUGAUUUAAGAACAGAAAGUAACUUAAUUCCAUCAAAAAAUUUGAAAUUAGGUCAUGCAGUCAGAGCUGAAUUAAAAAAACUGAAAAUAAGUGAUAAGGAGAUGAUGUUAUUCAAGACUGAAUGCAGAGAAUUUUUAGUCAAAAUGUGCAUACAUUUGUUGAAAAAGUCUCCUUUGCAAUAUAGUAUCUGUAAAACAAUUUGUUUUUGUGAUCCUAUGUUAAUUUCUAGUAAUUUAAGUAUCAGUAAGAAUAGGCUUUCUAAUGCUCUAGAAUUGUUUUCCGCAAGAAACUGGAUUACUAGUCAGAUUUGUGAUAAAAUUGAGAAAGAAUUUAACGUUCUUUGCAAUAAUAAAGAAGUAAUUGAUUUAUGCAAGCAGUUUGUUAGGGAAAAUAAUAGAAUUGAUCAUUUUUGGAGAAACUUGCUUCAGGGUCGAGAUAAUUUCCAGAAUUUGUAUGUCUUUUUGAAAAAGAUCUUUAUUCUGAGUCAUGGUCAAGCAUUUGUGGGAAGAGGUUUUUCAAUAAACAAGGAAUGCAUUGUUGAAAAUCAACUACCUAGAUCUCUAAUAUCUCAGAGACAAGUUUAUGAUGGUCUUAAAGCUGCUGGUGGUCUCACCAAACUUACAAUAGAUAAAAAGAUGAUUUUAUCUUACCGAAAUGCGAGGGAUAUGUAUGAAUUGAAGGCUAAGAAGGUAAAACUUUUAACAGAUACAACUAAUGAGCUAAGUGCUCUCGAUGAUGAAAUAGCGUUAUUAGGAUCAAAGACAUUUGAGUAA